AUGAUUUCUCUUGUUGUUAUAACUUUAUUUAUUGCCCUAGAAGCUCAAGCACAACAACCCAAAGAUGUUAUACCUAUACUUCGCAUCGAAUCUGAAGGUCCAAAUGUUGAUGGAUCAUACAAGUGGCUCUACGAGACAGGAAACGAAAUAAAAGCGGAAGAAUCUGGAUUUGUAAAAAACUUCGGUAAGGGAGAAGGUCAAGAGGCGCAAGUAGCCCAGGGAAAGUUUAACUACAAGUCACCAGAUGGAUCCGUUAUAUCUCUUCAAUACGUCGCUGAUGAAAAUGGCUUCCAACCUCAGGGUGACCAUUUACCUACACCACCACCAAUUCCACCAGCGAUACAGAAGGCUCUGGACUUCUUGAGAACUUUACCGCCUACUUCUGUUGGUGCUGCUUCAAAUGUUCAACCUUUUUCGUAUAAAGGGAAAAGAUUUUAG